AUGGGCAAGAAGCACAAAAAGCACAAGUCGGACAAACACCUCUACGAGGAGUAUGUAGAGAAGCCCCUGAAGCUGGUCCUCAAAGUGGGAGGGAACGAGGUGACCGAGCUCUCCACGGGCAGCUCUGGGCACGACUCCAGCCUCUUUGAAGACAAAAGCGAUCAUGAUAAACACAAAGAGAGAAAGCGGAAAAAGAGAAAGAAAGGAGAGAAGCAGAUUCCAGGGGAAGAAAAGGGGAGAAAACGGAGACGUGUAAAGGAGGAUAAAAGAAGGCGAGAUCGUGACCAUGUGGAUAUCGAGGUAGAAAAAGACCUACAGUGUCAGGCCCCUGUAGGAUUAGACUUGCCUCCUGAGAAGCCUCUUGCAAGUUCUUUAGCCAAACAAGAAGAAGUAGAACAGACACCUCUUCAAGAAGCUUUGAAUCAACUGAUGAGACAACUGCAGAGAAAAGACCCAAGUGCUUUCUUUUCAUUUCCUGUGACUGAUUUUAUUGCCCCUGGCUACUCCAUGAUCAUUAAACACCCAAUGGAUUUUAGUACCAUGAAAGAAAAGAUCAAGAACAAUGAUUACCAGUCCAUAGAAGAACUGAAGGAUAACUUCAAACUAAUGUGUACUAACGCUAUGAUUUACAACAAACCAGAGACGAUUUAUUAUAAAGCUGCGAAAAAGCUGUUGCACUCAGGGAUGAAAAUUCUUAGCCAGGAGAGAAUUCAGAGCCUGAAGCAGAGCAUAGACUUCAUGGCAGACUUGCAGAAAAGUCGGAAGCAGAGAGACAGGACAGACACCUCGCAGAGUGGGGAGGACAGCGGCUCCUGGCCGAGAGAGAGGGACGACACUGGAGACGCCGAGGCGCAGGGCUUCAAGAGCCCCAACAAGGAGAAUAAAAAGAAAGACAAAGAUGUGCUUGAAGAUAAAUUUAAAAGCAAUAGUUUAGAAAGAGAGCAGGAGCAGAUUGACCGCAUCGUUAAGGAAUCUGGAGGAAAGCUGACCAGGAGGCUUGUUAAUAGUCAGUGUGAAUUUGAAAGGAGAAAGCCAGAUGGAACAACAACAUUGGGACUUCUCCAUCCUGUGGAUCCUGUUGUCGGAGAACCAGGCUAUUGUCCUGUGAGACUGGGGAUGACAACUGGAAGACUUCAGUCUGGAGUGAAUACUUUGCAGGGAUUCAAAGAAGAUAAAAGAAACAAAGUGACUCCAGUGUUAUACUUGAGUUAUGGACCCUACAGUUCUUACGCACCACAUUAUGACUCCACGUUUGCAAAUAUCAGCAAGGAUGAUUCUGAUUUGAUCUAUUCAACCUAUGGGGAAGACCCUGAUCUCCCCAAUGAUUUCAGCAUCCAUGAGUUUUUGGCCACAUGCCAAGAUUAUCCAUAUGUUAUGGCAGAUAGUUUACUGGAUGUUUUAACAAAAGGAGGACAUUCUAGAACCCUGCAGGACUCCGAGACGUCAUCUCCUGAAGAUGAAGGCCAGACUAGGAUACUUGACACAGCAAAAGAAAUGGAGGUUACAGAAGUUGAAUUCACAGGGCGUUUAGACUCCAGUAAUCAAGACAAGCUCACAGCACUGAAAGCAGUAACACACUUCGGAGCCCCAGUCGAAGUGUUUGACUCUGAAGAAGCUGAAGUGUUCCAGAGGAAACUUGAUGAGACCACCAAACUGCUCAGAGAGCUCCAGGAAGCCCAGAAUGAGCGUCUGAGCACCAGACCCCCUCCCAACAUGAUCUGUCUCUUGGGUCCGUCAUACAGAGAAAUGCAUCUCGCUGAACAAGUGACCAGUAACCUUAAAGAACUUGCACAGCAAGUAACUCCAGGCGAUAUUGUAAGCACAUACGGACUCCGAAAGGCGAUGGGAAUUUCCGUCCCCUCCCCGGGCAUUGAGAACCACCUUGUCGAUCUAACAGAAGAUUUUGAAGAACCUAAAAACACCGAUGUUACUGAGUGUGAACCUGAUGGGAUUUGA